AUGGGGGAGGCUGUGAGAAGCGCCUUGGUGAACGCCGAGCAGCAACAUGAGGAGCGUGUCAAGUUGCUGAAGCAGACCCAUCUUGGGGAGCUGAUGGCAGUCAAGGUCGGCUACGAGGGGAAAUUGACGAAGGCAACCGCUGCGGAGGCGGAGACCGCACUUUCCCAGCAGCGUGAGGUGGGCGAGGGAGCGGCACAGGAGACAAGUUCGUCGAAAGUUCCAUGGGUCCUGGAACACGAUUUCCUGGAUUAUCAAACUGAUAAUCUUAUGCGUUCCCUGCUAGCUCAGCCUAUUCAGUACAUGUUGGAACUUGACGUUAUGUAUGGAUGGCUGUUCAACUACGAACAAUCAAUCUUUCUACGGCAAACGUAUAUGAACAAUGCCUGGGGAAUAAAGUAUUCACCUGUCAUUGAGUCUACCACACGCUAUACCUCGACGGGAUUGCGCUGCCUGCACCUUCUGUGA